UGAUUAGUUUGGUGUUGAUCAUUGUUUUAGAUUACUGGCAAAGCGGUGAUGCUUGAUGAGAUCAUCAACUAUGUGCAAUCACUGCAACAGCAGGUUGAGUUUUUGUCAAUGAAACUAGCAACUGUAAAUCCAGAAGUGUCCAAUGAUGUUGAGAAGAUUCAAUCUAAAGAUAUCCUUCAUCCACGUGGUGGCAAUGCAGCUAUUCUAGGAUUCAGUCCUGGGAUAAACUCGCACCAGUAUUCACAUGGGAUUUUUCAACCUGGCAUGCCAGUCAUUCUAAAUUCCAAUCCACAGUUUUCUCCAGCACAUGCUGUAUUAGAUAAUGAGCUCCAGAGCUUUUUCCAAAUGGGAUUUGACUCCAGUUCAGCUGUUGACAGUUUAGGACCAAAUGCAGGGCAUUUGAAACCAGAGCUCUGAAUGUUGAAGAGACAUAACAAGGCAUUGAUUCCACCUAACAAAGAAAAUCAAGUGGUUCAAGUUGACUUUCAUAUUGAAAGAAACAAAAAUAGUCAAGAAAAUUCUUCUGUUGUAUAGGUUUAAGCUCCUAACUGUUCGUUCUUCAAUUUUUUUUGGAAGAAGAUUACGUGCUAGAAUCACAGAGAUAUAUGUAUAUUUUCCGACUAAGAAGUGAGACUUUUGCUGGUGAUGUUUGUUGAUUUUUGCCUGUUUCAUUGGGAAUGAAUUUGAGCAUGUAUGAGGCUCUCUCUUGUAGGGUUUACCAAGCUAACAGAAUACAUGUGCCAGAUGUUUGUUUUUGUUGGUACCCAUGAUAUGUUCAAACAGACCUGUUUAUAUUUA